CGCCAAAAGAAGAUAAAGGAGGUCACUACUGUGCCUCAUCUGGUGCCGCAGGCAGCAGGUAUCUCUCAUUCCUCUUUUCGUCGACACAAGGAUUAUGUGAUAGUGUCUGAUACCCUUGAGGGUUUGAGUAUAGCCGCGGAGUCACGUUCUGGUGCUGCGAAGAAGCAGGCAGAAGAAGUGGCUGCGGGGGGGACAGCUGCGGGUCCCCCUGUGAUUGGUGAAAAGAGGAAUCUAGAGCAGAAAGCUGCUGGUGGUGUUGAAACCAAACGUCGGAGGCUAGUAACCAAAAGGUCUGCUCCGGCGCAGAAGAAACCUGCGGUUGUCGUUGAGCGUCAAGAUGAAGAUUUUUCUAUCUUCGAUGCUCCGGAGUCCCCUCCGCGUGCCAUGGAUGCGGGUGGAGCGGAGGUGCCAUCGACUCCUCCCGUCAAGGUGGUACCUGAGUCAACCGUGCAGAAGGAGGGUACCGCAGAGAAUGCUGCGGCCCAGAUAUUUGAUACUGUCGACUCGUCCAACAACCUGAUCUCUCCCAAUGAGGGAGACGAUUUGAGUUUGCGGUUCACUGCUACCGGGAGGCAACAUUCUGAUGCUGAACCGCAAAAAACUGGCGAUGAAGCGCGGCAGCAUGAUGCUGGGCCGCAGAAGUCUGCGGUUGAUAAGGGUACCAGUUCGUCGGCCGAUGGUGCGGGGUAUGACGGGCCUCCAAUUCAGCCUGGGGAGUCUGAAUUGGAGUAUUACUACCGCACCUACUCCCAGGAUCGCGGUACGCUAUACCAUCGACCCCCCUGGACUGUAUUGCAGGGGGAUGACAUUGCUAACGACCCUGCGGCCUGCAGGGAGAUCCUGGGCGGUCUUGGGACCCCCUUUGAAGUUGAGCGGGCUAGUGCCGCACCGCGGGAGCUGCGUAUAAACCAGCUCUCGACCAUGUUGGUAGGGACUUCCAUUGUGGCUAAUGCCAUUUUGGAAGAUUAUAAGGUGCUGGGCCGCCGCGAGGAAGAUGCUGCUCGCAUGCGGGCAGAAGCGGAAAAGCUGGUCCAGGCUGCCCGCGCGGGUGCGGAGCAGCUCGAGAAGGAUAAAGCUGCUUUUGAGAAGCAGAAGCAGACUUCGGAAUGGGCUGCCGCUGCCCAGCUAAAACAGGUGCGUUCCCUUGCUAAACUCCUUGCUGAUGAGCGAGCUAGCAAAUGCCAAGGCGGCAAAUGUUGCCUUGGGCAAUGA